AUUACCGCAUACGAUAUAAUAUAUAAUUAAAACCAUACCAAACAAAAAGCCAUGGCCAAUAAACCCUACUCGUAUUUCCUUGUCCUUCUCAUUUCCGUGUUGGUGGUGCUAUCGGGAACCGAGGCACAGAGCAGAUGCAUUGAGGAGUUGGACCCGACAGCACAGUGCGAGCUCUCCCAAUGCAGAGCAAAGUGCUUCAAGAAGAAUGGGUUCGGAAGCUGUAUCGAGAAGCCUCUAGGCUCCGACCAAUAUGUCUGCACUUGCGUUUACAAUUGCGGCCCUUCUUCUUUUUAACAUAAUCUUUAUGUAUGUCUUGUUUCUCAAGUUCGAUCAAUCAAUAAAACCAAUUAUCCACAUGUGUUUUUUUUU